AUGGACGCCAACAGUGCCAGUCGCACCACCCACCGCCUCGCUCUCUACCAGCAACAAAUCGCCCCGUCAUCCAACCACCAACAACCCACCGCCACAAUGGCCGCGCGCGACCCCAUUACCUGCCACUGCCUCAACACGCUAUCGGGCACUCCGGCCGCCAACCUGCCCGUGACACUCACCCUACUCUCCUCGCCCGCCUCCGCAUCCAGCCCGGUUACCUUCCACGCAACCACGAAUGCCGACGGCCGCGUCGCAAACUGGACCCCCGCCGGCGCAGCUUCCGUGACCGUCCCCGCGCUGCUGGCGUCGCUGCCAGCCGCUGAUACCAAGACGAACUGGUCGGUGCGCUUCGAGGUCGGCCCCUGGUAUGAGGCUCAAGGGGUGGAGAGUUUCUGGCCCGAGGUCGAGGUCAAAUUCACCGUCAAGGGCCGUGGCCGCGAAGGCGAGGAGGGAUGGCGCCAUUACCAUGUGCCAGUGCUGCUGGGGCCUUGGAAUUACUCGACGUAUCGGGGGUCAUGA